CACUUCUCAUCUCAGCUGUUACUACACGGUCGUAUUUGACAGCGGGACCAGCGAACACCAGCAGCAGCAGCUAUGGCGAAAAGUGAUGGAUGCGAUUACUUUAAAAGAACCAGCCUGUUCUGGCUCGUCGCCGUGACACUCGGCAUGGGAUAUUUUACUUGCAUUGUGUUUGCACCUGAAAAAAUCCCAUUCGAGCACCUUGGUCCAUUUGGCAGCUUCUGCACUCAUCUCGUGGAUAACUAUGCUAGCAUUAUGUACAAAGGAUGGUGGGCUGCCUGGGCUAUCCAUUUGUUUGAGGCCUAUAUUGCAAUGAGGAUGUGCCGUGAGAAAGGCAUCACCAACCUAACCUCUCGCUGCCUGUGGUUCAUCCAGACCUUCCUGUUUGGCUUCGCCUCCCUCGGCCUGCUGGUCAAAUACGACCCAGAGCGCCCCAAACAGCACUGAGUCCUGCAAGAUGAAGCCAGAAGAACAACACUACAUAAGCUGAAAGAAGAAAAUCAAUUUGUGCCUCCUGUUCUUCCUCCUCUGUAUUUCUCUCUGAUAUGAAAUCCUGCUGAGGGGCAAGUGGAAGACACAUCAGCCUUUCCUAUCUCUUUUUUCAUAAAAGUAUUGAAGUCAAAACAUAGCUUUAUAGAAACACUAGAAUGUUCCAUCUUAGUUCAUAUAACUUAAUGUGUUCAUAUGAUGGACACAAUUUAAUUCCAUGGAUUUUCUAUUAAUAAACCAGGGAAGUUUUUACUGGAUAAUAAUAUUAACAUUGUUUUUAUAUUAUAUAGCAUCAGAGUUCUCUUGAUGAUCCCGGGCUGAAAAUGUUAGUGCAAUACAAGGGUUAUCUCUAAUGAUAUUAUGUUGUGCUCUCACUAUUCAAUGGUACUUGGGAUAUGUUCUCAGCUGCUGUAAUCUUCCUCUUCUCCGGGAUAAAAAUAAAGAGAGUUGCUGUUUGAAUUUGCCUUUUUAAUUUACUGAAGUGCUUUGUGUUCAACUUUUUAAACUGAAGACUGGAAUUUCUUAAUGUUAACAUUGAAAAAUAAAGAGUUAAUUACAAACUGCA